UCAUCCACAUACAUCGCAUACACACACAUGGAAGAACGGUUGCCUGUCACGUGAUAACCGUCUCGACUCUUAUUGGCCAUCGUAGAAAAUAGAAAGAGAACAAGAGAGAGACUGCACCAUCGGAGAAUACGUAUAAACGCUACCGCUACGAACAAUCCGGAACAAUCGUUUGAGAGUAGUGUUUUGCUCAAGCGCUGUUUAACGAUUUGUCGAUACCCGUUCAAAUAGUAUCUUACCGGACCUUCAGUAAGCAACUGGCAGGUCUUUGUUGGUAACUCAACAACAAAGAAACAUUUCUGAGAUCACUUCAGAAACGAAGCUACGAAAAUGAAGACAUUGAUCACGCUUUGCGCAUUUCUGGUUGUGUGUACGGCCAACGUAAUAAUCAAUGCAGGACAACCAACUCAUCUUCUAGGUAAGGAUGGAGCCACAUGGGGUCCUUCGCACUGGUGUGCAAAUAUUAAAAAUGCAGCAGAAUAUAGUGCAGUUGGUUAUUGCAUAAAAACGUUAUGGAAUAAAAUGGAAGUACCAGAAGAUAAUGAUGACGUUUGUAACGUCUGCAAGAACAUGGUUCAAAUGGCUCGUGAUCAACUAGAAAGCAAUCAAACUCAAGAAGAUCUAAAAGCUGUGUUUGAAGGGAGCUGCAAACUGAUUCAUAUUAAACCAAUUGUGAAAGAGUGCAUAAUAAUUGUUGAUGACUAUAUUCCUGAAUUAGUUGAAACAUUGGCAUCACAAAUGAAUCCAUCUGUCGUCUGUUCAGUAGCUGGUCUUUGUAAUUCCGCCCAUUUCGAUAAAUUGUUAGAAGAAUACAGUUUACCAACAAGCAAAGUCGCCGAUAUAAGAUCUCAUUCUCUAGAAAAAGACGAAGUUGAACCUGAUAACUGCACCAAAUGUCUCACAGUUGCAGCACAUAUGGAAUAUAAAUUAAACAAUUCGCCUCGCAAACAAGUGUUACAAAAAUUUCUUAAUUUCUGUGCAGAACUCAGUAGUUUUUCAGAUGCUUGUUCUGCAACCAUUUUAACUUAUUUUGAUACCAUAUAUGCUCAUUUACAAGAAAAUUUCAAUGCCCAAAAUAUUUGUCAUUUAUCUGGACAAUGUACUGCACAGUUUCAUAAACAUGAAGACUCUGAUGGAGGUCCAAAAGUUGAAAUUAGGCCGCUCUCAAGUGUUGGCAUGGUUGAUCUAAGCGACGAUUUACCAUGCAAAUUGUGUGAACAACUUGUAGAACAUUUACGAGAUCUUUUAGUGGCUAAUACUACAGAAUCAGAAUUCCAUCAAGUAUUAGAUGGAUUAUGUCAACAAACAAAAUCGUUUGCAAAAGAAUGUACUUCCAUUGUUGAUGAAUAUUACCCAGAAAUUUACGAAUAUCUCACAAAACGUAUUAAUAGUAAUAGUGUAUGUGAAAUUUCUGGAAUUUGUCCUGCUCCAGGAAAAGCAGUACAGAGUCAACCAAUUUGGCCUCUGUUACCACAGAAUGUGGAACAAAUAGGACUACGGAUUUUCCAAAAUUCAAACAAAAAUGUGAAAUCUAAAAAAGAAGAGAAAUCUAAACCAUUAAGCGAAUCAGAAAUUGAAGGAAUGCAAUUGGAUAUUGGCAGGAUGUUUCCGUUUCCGUUGUCAGAGGGUCCGGUAAAAGUUAAUGGAAAAUCAUACUGUGUUAUUUGUGAAUACAUAUUACAUUACAUUCAGGAGACUUUAUCAAAUCGUACUACAGAGGAGACAGUGAAACGUAUUGUAAAAGAAGUAUGUAACAAAUUACCAAAAGGUGUGAAAGAUGAAUGUUCACAAUUUAUAGAUUCAUAUGGAGAUGCUGUUAUUGCUAUAUUAAUUCAAGGAAUCGAUCCAGCCCAUGUAUGUGAAAUGUUACGUCUAUGCCCCAGCAAAAGCUUUAUGAAAUUAUGGGAAAGUGUUCCAGCAAAAUAUACACUUGAAGAAAAAAGGGUUAGUAAUAAACCUAGUUGCCCGCUUUGUUUGCUGGCUAUAACAAAAGUUUAUAAUGAAAUUAAAAAUAAUAAGACUGAGGCAAAGAUAAGAGAGGAGUUAGAUAAACUAUGUAACGCAUUACCUAUGUCUCUAACCAAAGAGUGUACAGAUUUAGUGAAGGUCUACACUAAAGAUCUUGUAGAAGUGAUACUCGCAGACUUUACGCCAGAAGAAGCAUGCGCUUAUCUUCACCUGUGCGACUCUGAUAAGAAUUCAUACAAUAAAAAUAUUUUCGUUAUGGAUAAGAAUGGCGAAAUCUUAACUAACGAAAUACCAGAUACAGUCCCAUCUGACAAUGAGUGGAGUGUAAAUGAUGAGCCAGUGAAUGCACUUUUGGACUCUGAACAGAGUGCUGAUAAUCUACGAAUUCCUUUCCUAUGUCCUGCAUGCAAAUUGGCGGUAAAAUUUGUUCUGAAGGAAAUUGGCAGCGACAGAUCGAGGGGAAAAAUUGAAAAUGCGUUGCAAAGAGCUUGCGGACACGUUCCACACAGGGAAAGAGGAAAAUGCUCCAAUCUUGUCAGCAAUCAUGCCGAUGGUAUAAUUCAAGCUAUAACCAGUGGCGGUAGGAAUCCCAUUCCGAGACUAGUUUGCGCGGCCGCAGAAGCUUGUGUUGUGCGCGUUGUGGAUUUAGUGCCUCAAGUAAAUGAUGAGCCAGUGAAUGCACUUUUGGACUCUGAACAGAGUGCUGAUAAUCUACGAAUUCCUUUCCUAUGUCCUGCAUGCAAAUUGGCGGUAAAAUUUGUUCUGAAGGAAAUUGGCAGCGACAGAUCGAGGGGAAAAAUUGAAAAUGCGUUGCAAAGAGCUUGCGGACACGUUCCACACAGGGAAAGAGGAAAAUGCUCCAAUCUUGUCAGCAAUCAUGCCGAUGGUAUAAUUCAAGCUAUAACCAGUGGCGGUAGGAAUCCCAUUCCGAGACUAGUUUGCGCGGCCGCAGAAGCUUGUGUUGUGCGCGUUGUGGAUUUAGUGCCUCAAGUAAAUGAUGAGCCAGUGAAUGCACUUUUGGACUCUGAACAGAGUGCUGAUAAUCUACGAAUUCCUUUCCUAUGUCCUGCAUGCAAAUUGGCGGUAAAAUUUGUUCUGAAGGAAAUUGGCAGCGACAGAUCGAGGGGAAAAAUUGAAAAUGCGUUGCAAAGAGCUUGCGGACACGUUCCACACAGGGAAAGAGGAAAAUGCUCCAAUCUUGUCAGCAAUCAUGCCGAUGGUAUAAUUCAAGCUAUAACCAGUGGCGGUAGGAAUCCCAUUCCGAGACUAGUUUGCGCGGCCGCAGAAGCUUGUGUUGUGCGCGUUGUGGAUUUAGUGCCUCAAGUCGAUGCGGUUUCCAACUCUGUAUAAGAUGGACUAGGGACUGAUAACAUUUGAAUACCUAUAGCAUGCGAUAUAUACAAACUGGCGACGGAUUAUGUUUUGCAGAAAGUUGGCAGCGACAGAGGGCGAUAUAUAAAAUUAAAUAUGUGUUCUGUUAAGCAUGUGGUUGUCCUCCAAAAUUUGUACACAACAAAUGUACUGACAUUGCCCAUAAAUAUGGCGAUUGUAUAAUUACAGUUCUUACUGUACAGACUCUAGGCUGGUCGCAGGUACAUGGAGUCUUAAAUGGAGAAAUAGUUUCAAGUUUUACUAAUGAUUGCCAUGUUUGUUUAUAAUGUAACGUUGUUAAUAUCGGAUGUAAAAAGUUUGUAUGUUAUCUCAGUUUUAUUCUAAUAAACAGGUUAUGGUUAAUUGUU